AUGAAUCUAUAUCCACCGGGGAUAGUGAUACGGGAUUUUGCAUACGAUAGUGAUCAUGAGCUAGCGACGGGAAUUAUAUCUAGUGCCUUUGAUGUGGAUGAAGAUGGUGAUGGGGAGUAUGAAGACGACGUUGACUAUGAUGAUGAAGAGGAAGACAACGAAGAUGACGAAGCAUAUUACGAGUCAGAGGAAGCGUGGGAUAAGGUGCACAAUGUACAAAUUUAUAGCGACCAUAAAGAAAAUGACAAUGAGCACAGACCAUCAGCUCAUGCUGAGGGUGAAGAAAAAGAAGCUGAUGACGAUGAUGAUGAUGAUGAAUUAUAUGGAACAGAUGAAAUCAAUCGAAGAGCAGUGGCAUUAUUUGACUUUAUUCCUGAAAAUGAUAACGAAGUGGCAUUGAUAGAGGGUCAACUCAUUUGGAUAUCGUACCGACACGGCCAAGGAUGGCUUGUGGCCGAGGAUCCAACCACAGGUAAGAACGGGCUUGUUCCUGAAGAAUAUGUAGAGGUUUAUCGUGAUUAUGACGAAGAGAUUGUCUUUGAACAACUGCCUCCACCUCCAGAACAAAACCAUCUAUAUUAUGAUGAUGAUAAUGCAGAGACAGAACAACAGGCACAAUCAACAACAGAACUGCGAGUGUCAGAACAUAUUACCGUAUCUGACAUACUGGAAGGAGUUGCCGGCGUUGCAUUAUGA